CUUGCCUAUAGACCAAUCACGGAGACCUGGCCGGAAUCACGAAUUGAAUUAAAAAGUGUAACUGUAAAGGAGAUGGCAUUGCUUUGUAUGAUUUAGGAAAUAAUGUUUAUAAUACGAAAUAAGAAGCAAAUAUGGAAUCUGUCCUCAUAAGUAAACGAAAUUACAUGAAGCCGCCAUGAAACCGAAUAAGGCAUGCAUGUGAUAGCGAUACGUAUGAAAAAACGUAUGUCCAGGAAAGGAAUGUGGCGCAGUCGCAGAGCUUGUUCUGCCUUGGUCAGAGCCCUGCCGCCCACUAGCUGUAUACAACAACAAAUGAGUGGUGUCGGGAUCACAGCUUUUGCUCAAUUAUACACUUGAAGAAGUAGGUGAGCAGGCAGAUAUAAAAGUAAGAUUUAGAGACUGCCAAAAUAUAUAGCCAUCUAGCUAAAAUACAGGCACUUUCCUAGCAGUUGCCACGGUGCCAAUCCGCUGAAAGCUGGGUUGAACAAGCCACAUCUCUGUAGCGGGGGCGGGGACAGGGUAGCCACAAAACGGGCAACGAUGACGUGGGCGAUUGACGAAAGAGCUGUGCGGCUGGGAGGUACCUGAACCCACAGCUCAAAACGAAUAACUGAACACUUUGCCUAGAACGCCAACUUCUCUCUCUUUCUUCAUUCCUCCUCCAUCUUCCCACUCCCAUCAAUCUGCAAACAAGGCUUCAUAGUCUGGCAGAUUCAUCGCAUUCUUCUCCAUCAAAGCAGAUUCACGAUCAACUGCGAUUUGUCGAAACAAGGCUGCACCUGCCGAGCUCUUAAUCGAGCCUCUUCCGCUACCCCCGCCGAAAACAAAACAGCGAAAUUGUAGCUCACAGCUGGAGGCCAUUGCCCCGACAUCACCAUGACGCUCUACUACAGUCUUGUGUUUGCGCUCCUCAUGGGCGAGAUGGGCUUGUUUAUGCUGCUUCUUGUGCCGCUGCCAUUCAAGAUCAAGCGCAAGAUCUUUACCUUCAUCUCCGAGAGCCCGCUCGUGGCCAAAAUGCAGUAUUGGAUGAAAAUCACCUUUGUCUUCAUCCUGAUAUUGUUCGUCGACAGCGUCAACCGAGUUUACAAGGUCCAGGUCGAGCUUAUGGCUGCGCAUGAACAGAGUGCCAAGGGAAAUGCCGCCGCCAUCAUGGGAUCCGAACGUCUCGAAGUCCAGGCCCGCAAGUUUUACUCCCAGCGCAACAUGUACCUCUGCGGCUUUACGCUAUUCCUGUCAUUGAUUCUUAACCGCACCUACGUCAUGAUCCUUGAGGUGAUGCGCCUGGAGGACAAGGUGAAGAUGUACGAGGGAACCAACAAGAACACCAAGGAGAGCGAGAAGUUGGCCGUUGCCGGAAAGCCUGGCGAGCUAGCUGCUCUCAGGGAGAAGCUCGAGAAGAAGGACCAGGACCUCCAGAACUUGAAAAAGCAGGCUGAGCAGCUGAACAAGGCUUACAGUGAUCUCAGUGAUAAGUACGCCGCCACUCAGAUUGAUGGCGAGAACCAAAAGUCGAGAUAAGCAACAAAACAUUGCUCCUACAGAGUUUGUAGGUUAUGACAGCGCCGGGUAAUGCAGUGAAAAAGAAGAGACUCAUGGUCUUAAGGGCCCUUGAGGGACAUUCAAUCCCACCCGGCCGAUCUAUCGGCUCUUCCUUGUCUAGAAUACUAGACGUAUCACUGCGAUGGAUAGCUAAAGAAUGACAAAUCAGCCUGGACGAGUGGUGUAGGAAGGCCUGUGGGACGCGCAUCGUUAUCAAGUUUUAGUCGCAUGACUGACUCUGUAAAUAAGUCGAGCCAAAUUCAUAGCUUUUAUUCUGACUCAUUUCAAUCGAUUUUAUUGAGUACAUGCCGUCUUUGGUGCUUCAUCCAUGCUUUAUAUGAUUAUUACUCUCC